GUCAUAUUCAUUCACUAAGAGCUUCAAAUUUGACAACACAAACACAAAGAAAUUAUUUUAUCUCAUCCUUGUUUACCAAAACAAUUAGCAUACUAAAACGCAUUCAUGUGACGAUAAUUGUUCCUGAUGAUGCGAGUUUCAGUCAAAUCAAAAUCAUUUUUUUCAAGAGUGUCUGUCUUUGGCCACUGAACUACCUCAGUGUUUCGCAUGUGGUUUUGUGUUCUCAGCAAAAACCAAAGUCGCUUCCUCUAUGCCAAAAGGGACACCGAGAGAGAGAGAGAGAGAGAUAAAGAGAGGGUUUUUCAAUCCCAAAAGACAAAACGGGUGAUUACUUGAGAAAAAAGAGAGCCGUCGAGGCUUGGAAGAGAGCCUUUCAGUUCCGACCCAUUAGAACUUGUAUCAUGGCGAGGAAGAUGCAUUGUGCCCCUCAAGAGAUAGGCAAUGAUAGUCCAAAAGUUUCAGAAGCAAGAAAGGAUUCCAUAUCAACCGUAUAUCAACAGCAAAAUAAACUCACAUCUUUAGAGGAUUGUCAAGAAUCUUCUCUUUUAAAGAUUAACACUGAUAGUAGGUGUGCAAUCCUUCCAAUCUUUAGCUUCGAGCCUGAUGGAACCUGGAGAAUUGUUGCCCUACCAGUGCAGUGUCAAAAUCACAUUAACUUAGCUUCUGGUGUAAAUAUGGAUGGUCUGCAACUCCUUUUCCCUCCACCUCUCAAUAGGUUGAAGAUUGAUCAAUGUAAGGGGCCUAGAGUACCUCUUCCUCCCUAUGCUUAUUCAGCUAAAUCAUGUACUAAAAAAGGCUUUACUGGCUCAAAUGUGCAUCGUCGAUGUCAAAACAAGAUUGCUAACAGAGUUUCUAAACUGAAUGAACUCCCCGACAAUUCUUGUUCUCAAAGUUCAUUAGUCAGUGGCCCUGGCUUGUUCCCUGGUAGUUCUGCUGCACUUAAUUCAUCUGAUAAGUACACAAGUCAUUCCAAGGAAGAUGACAAGUCUUUGAAGAAAAACUCAAGAAAAAGGGCAAGAAAGAAAGUUAAACAGAGUAAGAAGAAGUCAAGUGACAGUGGCUCUCCUGAACGUGAAGUUCUUACUGAGGAAUAUGUCUCUGUAAGUUUGACUUCUGAGACCUGCAGCAGCAAUGAUGUGGAUAAGGAGGAUGUGGGAGAAUUUUCAACUUCUGAUGAUAGGUUAAUAAAAUCUGAUUGUGAAAGGAAUUGCAACAACAAUAUUAUGGAAGCACCUAAUAGUUGCAACUCUUAUCUUAAUCAGGGCAUGUCAAAAGCUACUGAACCUAUUGUUCAAAGUUCUGCCGGAGAAUGUGCCACAUUUGAACCCAAGAAUCAGCUCCAAGAUGAGGGCCCUGAUUUUGAAGUCAUUGAUAGAGGAAUAAAGGACAUCCAACACAUGGAGCCAUGCUGUUUUAAUGAUGUACAUGACUCUUUGGUGCUGGAUUCAGUUUCAGGUGGUUUCAGAAGUGAUGAAAGUACAAAUGCUAAUGAUACAGGAAAGCCGUCCAACAAGGCAAAUUGCACAAUCACUUCAGAUUCAGGAGAUGGAUAUUCUCUUGGUCAAAACUUAACGAAUGGUAUUCACAAUAACUGUGAACAUAAUGAGGGGAUUUGGCAUGGUGGUCAAAAUUGCAUCAGUAAUGAUAAGAGAGUUAAGCAGAAGAGAACAAUGUCGAAGAGUUCAGAUCUAAACAAAUUUGGGGGUGCUGGAAUUUUGCAUGGUCGAAAAGGGAAGGAAAAUAGUCAUUCUGUAUGGCAAAAGGUUCAGAAGAACAGUUCUGAUGAUGGUAGUGGUGACUUGAAGAAAGUAAACACAACUUCAUCACAAUUUGCUUCUACUCUAGAAAAGGAUCCUUCAGUUAUCAAAGAAUGUAAUUCUGUUAGUGUAAAUGGUGUAUCAAAAACUGAAGAUAAGAAACACUUGAAAAAUAAAAUUGGUAGGAAAUCAAAAGCUAAAGUGGAGUCAGGUGCAAAAACGGGCCUCGACAAUUAUUCCAGGAAGAGUUUCCAAUUUAACGGGUCUUUGUCUAAUGAUCAUGGGAAGGCUAGUUUUCAACAGAAUGACAUGUUGCAUAUCUCUUCUCAGGAAAUUGAUCAACAAGGAUUGAACACUGUCUCUGGAUUUUCUGAUAUUAAUUGCCUUAUGGAUGGGGUCCAGACCAAUGGAGUUGAACAGGUAACAUCUGAAAUAGGUCACAGUGCAGAGUUUCAUCUGGAGGAGUCAGGUCCACAAAAAAGUGCCAGCAAUAUAAUUGCAAACACAAACAAUGAAAAUAUAGAUAGUCAGGAUAGCUCAUUCAUAAUGCCAGGUGAGUACAUCAAUCAAUCAAAUAUGUCUGAGGAGCUGUCUCCAGAUUCUUGUAAUCUUGAAGGUGAUGAGGUUGGUCAAAAUGAGAAAGAAGUUUCUUCUGCAGACUACAAUGCACAAAACCACAGUUCUGGAACUACCCUAUGGAAAUGGAUACCAGUUGGGAAAAAAGAUAGAGGGUUGGAAAAAUCUGAAUCAAAUAGUGCACCACCAGAAAAUUCUGAUGCAUCCUCUCGUAACAAUUCUAACUCUGAAAGCAGUGUUGAACCAGAAGUGGCCUCUUCUGAAAAUCCGGAUUCACUAAAUGCAAGCAGAGCAUGCAACGGCCAGAUUUACGACAAAGUGUCUUGUCUAGAUGAGGGUGAGAACCACAAAAUGGGUAGUCAGGUUGCACGUACAUUGACAGAGCACAGGGACAAGCAUGAAGCUGCUAAUCACAUGUUUUAUGAAUGUGAAAAUCAAGAUAUGUUAGAAAAUUAUUCUUACAGAAUAGCUCAAGCUGUGAAUGAUGCCUGUAAGGCACAACUGGCUUGUGAAGCAGUACACAUGGCUACAGGUGGUCCAGUUGCAGAGUUUGAAAGACUACUACAUUUUUGUAGUCCUGUUAUUUGUAAGUCACUCAGUUCACACAGUUGUUCGGCCUGCUCACACAACCAUGGUGGUGGUGCCUCACUGUGCAGACAUGAGAUCCCUGACCUAUCUUUGGGAUGCCUGUGGCAGUGGUAUGAGAAACAUGGGAGCUAUGGGUUAGAGAUAAGGGCUCAGGGUCAUGAAAAUCCGAAGAGACAAGGAGGUGUUGCUGAUUUUCCAUUCCGUGCCUAUUUUGUCCCUUCUUUAUCAGCAGUUCAGCUGUUUAAGAACCAUGAAAAUUUAUGUGUAAAUAACGGUGACAGGCUCCCAAAUUCUGAGGUUUCAGAGGCAUGUGAAAUGGUUGACAUUUCAGCAAACUCAUCUACUGCCAGUCAACAUUCAAUAUUUUCUGUUCUCUUUCCUCAGCCUCGCAAUCAGGACAAAAGCAGUCAAACACCAAAGGAGAUGGCUUCUAUCAAUAAUGCAUCUAUUCCGUCUAUCAACUCAACCUGCUCUGGUGAUUUAGAACUUCUUUUUGAAUAUUUUGAAUUUGAGCAACCUCAACAAAGACAACCUCUUUAUGAGAAGAUACAAGAACUGGUUAGAGGCCAUAUACCAAUUGAAUCUUCAACUUAUGGGGACCCAACAAAACUGGAUUCAAUUAACCUACGAGAUCUUCACCCUAGAUCUUGGUUCUCAGUUGCAUGGUACCCUAUUUACCGCAUACCAGAUGGCAACUUUCGUGCAUCUUUUUUGACUUACCAUUCACUUGGACAUUUGGUUCGUAGAAGAACUUCAGAUUUGUCAACUGUAGGUUCUUGCAUAGUAUCUCCAACUGUGGGGCUUCAAAGCUACAAUGCCCAGGGUGAAUGCUGGUUCCAGCUGAAGCAUUCUGCACCUGCAGCAGAAAUGGUGAACUUAGAACCUUCUUUACUUCUUAAAGAGCGUUUGAGGACACUUGAGGAAACAGCAUCUCUCAUGGCAAGAGCUGUGGUCAACAAGGGGAACCUAACCUGUACAAACAGACACCCUGAUUAUGAGUUUUUCUUGUCUAGGCGACGGUAUUGAAUACUGAUACCUCAAAAUUUGCACCAUUAAUAAUCACCAUGAGUAGGCCAGCUGCUAGUUACAACUUACAAAUGAAUGAUUUUGGCUACAUUCAUCACAUAGGAUAUUACCCCAAGUAGGAUCUAAGUGUGAUUGAUGGUGUUGGAUGUGUCUUUUAGGCCCUAGUUUCAACAUAAAUUCGUUUGUACAUACAUAGUUUUGUGCAGUACCAUUUUUGGUUUUUUCAGUUCUCACUUUUAAUUUUGCUUCUUGUUAGAGAGCAAUAAAUUUGUAGCGCUGAUGUGAGAGAUUAUGAUUCUUGUUUUUCAUAGCUUGAAUUUAGUGAAUGCUGCCAUAAGUGCGUUCAUGGUUCAUACAAGGUUUUGCUUUUAAUGCAUUCAUACUUAAUGUCCAA